AUGGCCAGACCUAUGAAAAGAGAUAUAUCGGGCAGUGGUCAUGACAUAGAUGCUUUACUUCAGCGGGGUUCCUCUCCCUCCUCACUUCAAGAUCAGACCGUUUGUACAGAUGAGCUCGCUGUCAGACUACGACAUUUACCAAUGUCUGGGCCUUCUUUGUCGCUGAGAUCCAUGAUUCGAUCACCAUGGUUGCUUAGUCCGCUCUCUGCUUUGGCCCAGGCAGUUGACUCAAACCCGAGCCUUCAAAAUAAUAUCAUCACCAGUGCAUUGCUCUACAUCUCAAGUGCUGAGGAGAAUAAAACAGUAGUUUCUCAAAACCCUCUUGUCAUCCCACUGCGUAUAAAGUCUUUGAAGCAGUGUACAGCUAAGACACGAAGAAAAUCUGCAGCAACUUUACUGUCACUUGUAAUACUUCUAAGCACUUUCAUGUAUGUUAGUCCAAAUUAUCAAAUACUAGAUUAA